UUUCAGAGGGAGCAUGUUGACUUCAUCUCAUCCUUUGUUAACGUAUUGUUAAUGCAUUGAAAUUACGAUGUUGGCUUCAGUAAUUCUGGUAUCUACCAGAGGUGUACGGUCACUCAAUCCUUAUUACUUCCGACCACCUUGGCCAAUAUUCUCGAAAGCUCAAGGAUGGCGAAAACGCGGUCCAACAAUAAAUGAGCGUCACCAGCUUCCGGGACAGGAUCGCGAGUUCCCAGAAUUGUCGCCGAAGUUCAAGAACGAAAAUCCGGAGGAACUACAUCACUAUACUGGCGUCCAAGAUGUCGGUUUUAUUGAUCCGGUCACUGAAGAAUUUGUUCAUGUUGAGGAAAUGCAUCCAGAAUUAGUUGUUCCAGAUUUACGAGGAUUCCGGCUAUGUCCGUAUGUGUCAUAUCGGACCGAUUUUGAGAUUGAAAAGAGGAGAAAAAAGUUUGAAAAACUAAUGGCCAAGUAUGGUGGUGAAGAGGGCAUUGAUCCCGUAGUAUUCGAAGGCGAGAAAUGGCCCCCGCCGAAAACGACAUCGCGCUUUUUGUUUGAUAUGCAUUAUGCGCCAUUAAUAAGGCAGAUGUAUAAUAACGGGGAAUAUUUUAUGGAUGCCAAGGUAGAGGACGAGAUUCAGAAUGACAGGUCCAAGUAAUUUUAAUGUUGGCGGAGUUCUGUAUAAGAUGACUGCACAUACCCUACUGAAUCGUCUUUUCACAUGCUUCAACUUGACUGUGAUUUUUGUGUUUCAGUUUAUCUCCGCUUGUAGUCUGUUUUCUAAACUAUCAUUUGUAAUAAUUAUUCAAAAGUUCUAACCCCAAUUCUUUUGCGAACUAUUAAAUGAGCGGAAAGUGAAGUGGUAUUACUCUGAAUGCCAGUGAUCAAGACGAUUCUGUACGGUUGGAAAUUGCCGUUACAGUAUAUUCUUGCUGGAAGCUCACCGAAAUUUAUUUUUUCCCAGUUUUCAGCAUGGACCAGGAGGAGGGGGGAGUUGUGGAUAAUUCAUCAGGUUAACGAGAAGCUAAAGAUGACUACUUGAGUUGACCGUAACUUUAAGACUUAACUGUUGUAGUUAAUCCACAACUUUGGAAGGCUUUACGUUAACUUUAUAGGAAUGUUUUUUAUGGAACUAGGAGGUUUUGAGAGCGAAUUUCUUUUUUUGAGCUCUGAAUGGAACAUUUUAUAUAAAAUUAAUUUAACAGCAAUGCAGGGCAAUGCAACAUUUAUGAAAUUGAUUUGUUAUAUUCAAAUGAUUCCAGGUGUGUUUUAGAAUUGUGUAUGAGUCAU